AUGGAGGAGGAUCGAAGACAGACAGAUCUUGGCACCGCGGCCGAUAUUGAAGAAGCCCAGCUCGCUCAGGCGAGCCCCUCCCCCGCCGAGACAGAGACGACACCUGCGACACAGAAUGGAGCAACACCGUUGAAGCAGCCCAAGAAGAGAUUUGUUGGAAGACGAGCGGCGGCUGAGGCGGCGGCAAAGAAUGGAGGAGCUGGUGUUUCGGGUGAGAGCGGUGCUGUUCAGACUGCUAAACCUCGAAGAGCUCCCAGACUUCUGAACCAAGUCCCCAAGGAGAUUCUCGAGGAUCCUAAUCUGAAGGCGGCUAUUGCUCUGCUGCCGGCCAACUACAACUUUGAGAUCCCCAAGACGAUCCAUCGCAUCCGCUCUUCAGGGGCCAAGAGGGUUGCGCUUCAGCUCCCCGAGGGUCUGCUCCUGUUUGCCACUACCAUCUCCGACAUCCUCACCCAGUUCUGCCCGGGUAUCGAGACUCUUAUCAUGGGUGAUGUGACAUAUGGUGCGUGCUGCAUCGACGACUACACGGCGAGGGCACUGGGGUGCGACUUGCUGGUGCACUAUGCUCACAGUUGCCUCAUCCCCGUCGACGUGACCAAGAUCAAGACUCUGUACGUCUUUGUCGACAUCACCAUAGACGCCUCGCAUCUAUUGGCAUCACUGGAGCGCAACUUUGCCAGUGGCAAGACGAUUGCCGUCGUUGGAACUAUCCAGUUCAACGCCACCAUCCACGGCGUGAGGAGCAACCUGGAGCGGGCUGGCUUCCGCGUCGUGGUGCCGCAGAUUGCUCCCCUAAGCAAGGGCGAGAUCCUGGGCUGCACAUCUCCUCGUCUCAAGGAUGAGGACAAGGUUGAUCUGAUGCUGUACCUCGGUGAUGGACGCUUCCAUCUCGAGAGUAUCAUGAUCCAUAACCCGUCGAUCCCGGCGUAUCGUUAUGACCCCUACUCGCGGAAGCUAACGCGCGAGACGUACGGGCAUGAUGAGAUGAAGUCACUUCGAAGGACGGCCAUCCAAGGGGCGAGGACGGCGCGCAAAUGGGGUUUGAUCCUUGGAGCUCUCGGCCGACAGGGCAACCCGCACACGCUGGGCCUCAUCGAGCGUCGCCUUGCUGCGCGUGGGAUCCCCGUGGUGCACCUGCUUCUGAGUGAGAUAUUUCCAGGCAAGCUGGCACUCAUGGCCGACGUUGAGUGCUGGGUGCAGGUGGCGUGCCCGCGACUGAGCAUUGACUGGGGUUACGCAUUCCCACGGCCACUGCUGACGCCUUACGAGGCACUCGUGGCGCUUGGUGAGAGGGAGGACUGGGGCGAGGGGGUGUAUCCUAUGGAUUACUACGGCAAAGAUGGGUUGGGGAGGACGAGGCCGUUGGAGAUUGGAGCCUCUGGUUAA